ACAUAGCUAGACAGAACCCAAAGUGCUCGGAGAACAGAGCAGCGGCAGAGAAACAACUCAUUUGCAGCCGAUGCUAAUCGCAAACUUGGCAUCUUUGCUUUCUUUUGAAAAUGACUCGUAUCUUUGAAUUCGUCUGCUUUUAGACAUAUUUAGGUUGCUGACGAACAGUUUAGAUACCGAUCGAUUUGUCGCUUGUCUAUGACUCAUAUUUAAAAACUUGAAACUAAAAGAAACAGGGACACUGUAACCCACCGAGCCAGCAGGAGAAAUGACUUUUUCUUUUCCUUUUUUCAACAAUAAACAGUGCAUGUUUUACAGUGCAGCCAGAUAGGGUCGAGUGUCUCCUCCUCGGCAGUCCGCGGAUACCUGGCGAGAAGAUUUGGAUUAAGACUAAUGAACUGGGGGUAAAUAAUCUCCACGGGAGCGUUUACGGGGCGAAAACCGACUCAUUGUCUCGCUGUGGGAUUUGUUUUUUUUUUUUUUUUUUGCACCUCUGAAGCUGAAGACGAUGUCUGUCCGGAGAUACUUUAUCGCUUUUUACAAAUGCACAGUUCUUCUCUCUCUGAGGAUUUUGGUUCUUGUGCCUGCAGGGUUGCCAGUCCGCAGCCAAGGGGAUUCUCAAUCCGACAACAAAGUGAUGGACAACAUCACCGUCCGACAAGGAGAGACGGUCUUUCUCAGGUGUGCACAAGGGGACGUUGUCACACACACAGCAUGGCUUAACCGGUCAAGUAUACUGUAUGCUGGAGAAGACAAAUGGUCGGUGGAUCCCAGAGUGAGUCUUGUAACCCUUAAUCAAGAGGAGUUUACCAUCAAGAUUGAAAACGUGGACAUGACAGAUGAGGGGCAGUAUGUGUGUGCGGUCCAGACAAGCAGUCGACCAAGAACCACCUCAGUGCACAUCCUUGUCCAAGUACCACCGAAAAUCAUCAACCUGUCAAGAGAUAUUGUGGUAAAUGAAGGCUCCAAUGUCACCCUGAUGUGCCAAGCCAGUGGUAAACCAGAGCCUUCUAUCAGCUGGAAACUCAUCUCUUCUUCAGGGGACCUAGCAUCAGAUGAUGAGUACCUGGAAAUCCCAUCUAUCUCCAGACAGAGAGCAGGGACGUACGAAUGCACAGCUGUCAAUGAUAUUGACACAGAUGUUCAGACUGUAGACAUCACCGUCAACUAUGCUCCAACUGUGUCAGAGGGCAGAGAUGUUGGAGUGACUCUGGGCCAAAGAGGAGUGCUGGAGUGUGAGGCUGAUGCAGUGCCUGAGGCAGAUUUUGAGUGGUAUAAAGAUGACAGAAGGAUCUUCAAUGGCUUUGAUGGCAUGGAGAUUGUGAAUACUGGAUCACUGUCAAAGCUGACAUUUUUUAACGUGUCUGAUGGAGAUUACGGCAACUACACCUGUGUUGCCAUCAACAAACUUGGGAGCUCAAACACAAGUUUCCUUCUGUAUGUGGUAAUUGAACCCACUAGCUCAACACUAUUGCAAGGGCCGAGAGCAGUUCAGGAUGGUAGUGGCGGCGCAAUGGGAGUGCAUUCACACACCUGUCUCCUCUUCAUAGUGUUUCUGCCGUUCCUGCUCAGAUUUUAAAGAAUGGAUUUGAACAUAAGUAUUGUGUGUGUGUGUGUGUGUGUGUGUGUGUGUGUGUGAGAGAGAGAGAGAGAGAGAGAGAGAGAGAUAGAGAGAUAGAGAGAGAAAGAGAGAGAGAGAGAAAAAGAGUGUCUGUGUGUUAUUUUUUUUUCAACCUGAACCAUAAACUGAUGCACAGUAGUGCAUGGUAUACCAAGCUAUGUAAUAAUGUUGACACACUAGUUAAGUACAUAACAAAAGUUUGUUUGUUUGUUUGUUUUUUAGUUUAAGUUUUAAGGAUGUAACAGAUGUUUCACAUCUUAACUGAGCUGUGUUGGAUAUUUUUCUCUCUAAAUUAUAUUAUUCUGGAUUGUCUCUUUUUACAUAGGUCUCGGGAAAAAAAAAAAAAUAAGAGAAUUUUUUUAAAUGAGGUGUCUCUUAUUCAGAUGGAUUUGUCUUAAUUUUUAACUGCAUUGCAUAUUCAUCUCAACUCCAGGAAAAGGCAAAUUUACAACACGUAUGAGAGGUGAAUGUUAAAUACCUCAAAGUCAAACCGAGACAGUGAAGCAGAAAGAAUUUAGGUUACCCCUAGGCUGAAAGCCUGGUAUUAUCAUAUUUUAAUGUAUAAUAAUUAUCAUUCAGUCUGGUUGUUGAAAGCAGAAUUGUUUUUGACCUUCAAGUAUUUUUUGUAGUGAUAUACUUGCAGUUGUGAUAUGCUAAUCUUUUAAUUUAAUUUUUUUUUUUUUAAUAUAUAUAUAUAUAUUUUUUUUUUUUUUUUUCCAGUUUAGUUUUUACAUUUUUGAGAAGGGGGAAUAUGAAGUUGUAAUUAUUUAGGACAAAUAUCCUAGUUUAAUGUCUUUGUUGUAUUUUGCUUUUCUUUACUGGUACAGUUGUACACAACAAUGGUGUCAAGAAUAAUGAUGUAAUAAUUAAGUAGUUAAAAUGGAGAGAGAGUUUACUCCACGUGUGUGGAGUCAGUGACUGACUUAAAUAAUGCAAAUUUAUUAAUGCCGUUGCUACUUCUUUGAACAUCAUGCAAUUUCUACACAACACAGUUAUUUGAGAAAAUGUUCCUGUUCAUGUUCCAAACCAGCUGUGGAGGACUAGAGACCACUCAGUAAGAUCACGAUAACAGAAAAAAAAAAACAACUUUUUGCAUGUAUUUAGAUAACAAUAACCCAAAGACUUCAGAAGUUUAUACAGCACCAUGCAUCCCAGAUUUCUGUUUUCUAGUCUCAGCACCAAACAGAACAGUUUUCCAUAGUAUCGUCAAACAAGAGGGUUAACAUGUUGUGUUUUCGAAUGGGUUUGACAUGGGGGUAAUUUCGGAAAAAAAUAAAAUUUAAAAAAAUCUCAAGUCAUCAAUACCUUUAACCAAAAUGUAUAGUGUAUGGUUCAUGAUUGUGAAAUGUCCAUAAUGAACAUGACAUUUCCAGCUUUGAACAGAACAAGAUUUGCAAGCUCACUGUACAGUAUGUGAGCCAAUUGCAAUAACCAAGACUGAUCAGAGGUCUGAGCGAAAAAAGGCUACAGCUGCUCUUAUCACUUGAUAUAUAGCUUGCAUUAUCAGAAAAGACAGGAUAUAUGAGAAAAUACAAAAAUCAUAUCUGUGUUUUAUUAUGGAGAGAGAACAGUGCAGACAGAGUAUCACAGGUGUUUUGGGAGGCAGUAAACAAACAGCAGACCUCUGUUUCCUUAUAUUGUUGUGAGCGUGAGGAUUUUAUGCAACAAUCAGUAACCUCUCACAACAUGGCAGCAAGAAUUAAAGCCAAUAUCUUGUAUCUCUUGUGUUGGCAAGCGAUUCACACCAACUGCCAGGCUGCACUCAGGUUCCCCCCGAGCAGUGGAAAAGAGCUGAGUGACAAAAAAGAGAUUUGGUAUUAGGCUUAAUAUGGAAGAGAGUUUUUUUUUUUUUUUUUUUUUUUUUUUUUUUUUUAAUAUUAUUAGUCUCUUGAAAAAGCAUCACUCUUUGUGUUUGUCUGUGUACACAACCAUCUACUGACUGGUUUCUGUGAGAGAGCUGCACUUCACAUCAUUGGACCAUGUGCAGCACUAAAGCAUUCCAUUAACACAACAUCAAAUGGGAACAGUGAAUUAAAACAAAUUAGUGUGUGUCUGUUUAGUGUUGGGGCAAUGAUGCGCUUCUUAUGAUCUAACAGCUCUGAGUGAGUGUGUUUUCACAUAAGGUUAUUUUUAAAUUGAUACAAGCUCAGUCUGCACUAAGCAGGCCUGACAAGAGAAGAGUGAGACAGAACCACUGAUCUCUGUUCUGUUCACAUCCACCUUUUCCACCCUUUCCACAAAAAAAAAAAAAAAAAAAAAGAGGGAUCCUUUUUUUUUCUGGAUUGCCUCAGAUCUGGUCGAGUCUCAGUCCAUCAUCUAUGUGCCUCUCUUUUUUUUCCCUUUAUAGUUCUUGGGGAUAACAAGGUUUGUGCUCAUUGAUGUGAAAAGAAACAGCCAAUAUCCAAUAUCAAAAAGGCAUGAAACAGAUAAGACAAUUAUUGAAAUUGAUCAGGGUAAUCAUCAUCUGAAUCUGACAGGUUAAUCAUGGUUUGUUUUCACACACAAGACAAAGAGAGAGAGACAGACAAUGCAGGCUAUUAUUCAUCUCCAGCACACUGAUGUUUGGAAAUGACAUGGUAAUUAUUUCACCCUGGCCUUGAAGGAUGAUCUCACAUCUAUUUUGCCACAAGAUUAACCACAUUUAAAGAUGAACUGAAGUCAGAUCACCUCCCAGUGAGGUCUGUGCUGGAUCCCUUCAGAUGGGUUUGUGUGAAGUAGUUGCUGUCAAUAUGCACAAACAAUCACAGGCUCAUCACUUUCAUCUCACUUGAAAGGUUGAUAAUGAACCAAAUGUGAAAACACCUUGCUUAAUAGCUUGGCCAGGAAACACACACACAUUUCUUCUCUUUUUCUCACUUACAAACACACAUGCCAUAAAUUCUACUGAGGUAAGAGUUAAUUCUAUAUUUCUGCCUACAUUUAUUUUGUAGAACAGCCAAGCACAGUGUAAAAACUGGGUCAUUUAUUUUUUUUUUACUACCUCUAAGCAGUUGUUCACUGUGUUUCAUUAUUUAAUGGCACAGCAAUUACCACCUUAAAGUGAUAUUUAGAUCUGGCCAUGGAUGUGCAUUUGUGUUCACUGUAGUGACAGUGUAAGCAGUGCUCAUUGACAGAAACCCAUGCUAUACCACACAGCUCUAUUAGUGGGUGAUUCCCAGCGCUCCACAGGUUUCUGAAAGGACAGCACAGACAGCUUAAUGUUCAUGCAGUUUAUUGCUUUGUCCUUGAUAGUUGUGAUAUUGUUUUUAUGCCAUUUCAAAAUGCAAUAAAAUUUAAUUUCUCAAGCCAAGCACACUAUUACUGAGGACAAACCCAUAUAAGAGCUUACCUGUAGAGCAAAGACACAUUUGUACAAACCAGCAAGGCUGCUGGUAAAAUAUAACGUUAUGCAUUUCUAGAUUAAAUGAAAAUGAAUUUUGUUUGUUUGUUUGUUUGUUUGUUUGUUUUCAUAUAUAACCAGAUGUGUUUAGGUGGUUGUAUAGCUGAUAAUCCACUUGAUGACAAUAACAAUGUCACUGACAGUUAUGGCAGUGAUUCAGAGUUGAGACUGUUCUGAGCAGCACAGACUUCAGACUGAACUGAACACAUUAAUAUUCUGAUUUCAGAUGCAUCAUUAAGAGGAAGCCUGCUAAUUGUCAAUUACAAACAACAGCAUUGUUUAUUAAUUGUCAUGAGGGCUGUGGUUAUAGACAAAACGUUGCAAACUGCAAAGCUCUGAGCUGAACUGGAUGAGGUAUUCUGAGCUGGAAAGCAGUCAGCAUGUGUCUGAUCGCUGCUGGAAAUCCUGCUAGAUUACAUUUGCUAAAGUUUUGACCUCGGUCCGAGCCCUGUGCGGUCAAAAAGAAAGUAUCAUCUUCAUUUCCUUGUUCUGAAAUCCCUGCUGUUCCAAACAUGCAAACAGAGAAGACGUGGAUAAAUCCUACACAGGCUGCUUCUUUAAAGGUUUAAUUUGGAUUUUAUUCUGACCUAGAGCCUUUUGUAUUACUUAGCACCAGUGUUUUCAACACAUUAUGGGCUCUGGUAGCCUCAAGGUUAGACAAGCUGGCUUGCUGAGCAGUUAAGUAAACACAACCACAUUACAUUUAGUGUAAUGUCUUACUGUUGCACGGCACAGUUAUUUGCAGUGGUAUGGCUCAUUUAGUUGAGAAAACUCUAAUAAGCUCUCAGCUGGACCCUAUAUUGUCCUGUUGUUUACUGGACUCAUCCUCUACUGUAAAAGUUAAGCUAAAUACAGUAACACCCUGUUUAUACACCCAGGCUCCUCAGGAGUUUAGCUGAACACUGAUUGUUUCUCCCCAUGCUGUAUGCUUCCAACAGUGACAUGCACCAUGACCAGGAAAAGUGAAUAUGCCAGUAGAUAAUAUAACUAUUUCAAUGGGAAAUGAGCAACUUCCAUAAUUGAAAAUAAUUGUCCAUCUCUCUGAGAAACAGUAGACAGAUGUAUUUCAGUUUCAUUCUGCAUGGCAUUAAAAAAGUCAGCCUCUGUGCUGCCUUAUUAGAGCAAAUGCAAAUGCUCCAAACUCCUACCGAGCUUGACUUUUAAAAAGGAUAUGCAAGACACACUGCAAGUCCCAUUCAAGCCAAACUUAUAAUGAUAAAACCUAGCAACCCAGGAAGAGGAGCCUGGAAAUACACAAGUAAAAUAUUCCUGAUCCACUCUGAAAGUUCAGCUCGGAAACUGCACUGAAAAGGCCUGAAUACACAUAAAUUUUCCUGUUUCUGUCUAACUCCAGUCAGCCAAUUCUGAAUCAAAGCCCAUGAAGGCUUAUAUUUUGGCAGUUGCGCUGCAUAUUUAUGUUGAUCUGACCAAUUCCACUGUCUGUUUGAAGACUGCAUAGGGAUUGCAGGGCUCAUUCUUUCUCUCAGCCCAAGCAAACAUGGGUCCAGUUGGAACAUGGGCUGAUUUGGGAAAAAAAAAAAAAAAAAAAAAAAAAAACUGUUGGUAUAUUUCUUUUCUUUGUCUCCAUAUGUGCAAGGCAAGAAAGCAGUCUUUGAAGAAAACUUAAUACCAUUUCAGAAAAAUGACUGAGCUUGUGUUGCACCUACCUGAUAGUACUAUUAAUUUUAGAUGUUGUGACAUUUGUGUAAUUUGCAUUGCAGUCUGGAUGGGAUCAUUUUUGAAUGUGAACUUUGGUUAUACAUGAGAAAUAAAACUUUUGUCUCAACUGCCAGGGGGUUAUCAUAGCAGACGCAUGAGAUAGUGUCAUUAUCUGAUGGGAUUUUUUUUUUUUUAUUAUUUUACUAAAAUUUUUUUUGAUGAUUCAUAUAAAUAAAAUUUUGACCUAUGCCUGGCUACAAGUUCACAGAGCUCUCUUCAGUGGGAUUGUUCACAAGUGGAGGGAGACAUCAUGCUAUUUGAGUCCCUGCAUUGUAAAGGAUUGUUGGUUCAUAUGUAUUUUCUUGAUGAAAAAAAGUGUGUGCUCAUAUUUAAGACUGAUAAUAAUAAAAUGUUGUAUCUUAA